AUGGCCAAGCAUUUUGGGUCCGAUGAAGUCCCACGGGGUGGCUCCAUGACGCGCUUUUCCCACGAAAAAAAAAUACAAACCCCCAAACACCUUGCAAGCUCGGCCAAUUCUACCGUAAAUCGUCCCGAUGUCACGAAAUGCAGUGUCAACCCUGGUUCGGCUCGUGAUGCAGCAUUCUCGCAAACCGCAGAGCCUGCUGCUCCAGCUGGACGCUCGGUAGGCCCCAAUGCACUGGCGGAAACGGGGCUUGACACUCCGCUAACCUGGACCACGUCUGGGACCUUCAUACCAUAUAACCACGCGGGACCUUCCAGCGCCCUGCGUCGGACUGUGCAAGAGUGGAUGGCUCGCAUGCACGCAGGGAUCCGGGUAGCAAAACCUCCCAAGGACUUUGUCAUCCACUCAUGGAUACUGCGUUACGCAAACUCUCUGAGAAGCUUCAAUUUUCUUGGAAAUCCCGUCGGAGAACCUGUUUACUCCUUCACCCCUUAUCACCUCCUUACCCCUGCCGAACGUAGAAAAUUACACAAUGCUCCCCAAUACCCAAGAACUUCACCCAUUCCCUCCCUCUACUCGUCAUCAAUCUCGCGCAUGCCUCUCACGUUCUCACAAAAUGCACCAUAUCGUCCAUUCAUUCGUCGCACUUCCCUCGACCCCCUCUUCCUGAUUCCUCAGUCGUUGAGGACUGUCUCUCAAUUUGACCUCUUCUCGCGGUGGGAUGCGAUCCGGAGCGAUUUUCUCCUAGUCGAACAAUGUGUGCCGAUGCCUCGAACGCGAGAUGGGUUAACUCAAGCUUCUUUUGAGUGGAAGGACAAGCUAAGAUGUCGGGGGAGGAACCUUGAGGAUCUGAUCGACACUGUGGAUCAAGUAUUUACGUUCGCUUACGAAUUGGGUGGUGUUGGUCGAUGGUACUGUCAUCGUCACAUCGAGCGGCUUCUUCGUGGUCACGAUGGUAAUUAUUUUUUGGGCGUGGACGAUGAGCUGGUGGGUGCUGUGUUUGAGCUCCCUUUCCCGGACGACUGCCCAUCGCUGGGUUCAACAAUGGCAAGGCUAUCCCGUCACGGCGUUCCUGUCUUUGGGGUUCAAGUCGUUGGGAGUGGGGCCAGUCUUCAGCGAGAUUUUGUGCCAGGCGGCUGGUCGGAUUCGGAUGUUAACAGUCAUAAGAUGGCAGUUCAGUCCGCAUCGCUUCCAUCUAAGCGGUCGAGGGACAUUGUUUUCAAGCAGCUCGAGUUCAUACCCGUUCGCCCAACACCCUGGAUCAUCAAGCCAGCCCAUGGCUAUCCAGGUUCGCCUGACCUCUCCACUCCAGUGGAAUUGGCCCUCGCAGACGCGCUCUAUCCUCCACACAACCCGCUCUACACAGAGGAGGAACUGUGUCGGAAAAUCAAGUCUUUUUUUGGCCAUGGCCUCUUUCCUGUUGUGCCUCCGGCCCGUCUUUCACCCCGUCUUUCACCCCGUCCAUCAUCUUCGGUACUUGGCCGUAGAGUAGUGUCUACCACCUGGCAUGAUGGAGCCGGGAGCUCCAGUGAUGACGAAUUCCGUCCUCACUUUGAGCCUCCCCAUCAAGAAAUGAUGAGGACUCGUCCGAGUAUGAUGAAAGGGUUGAAUCGGCAGCUCGAAAAUUUUCCAGUGACCGACAGAGCAUGUCAAGAGAUCUGGGAACGGGGACAUGGGAAAAAGAAGAGGCAACUGUCCGCCCAUGACUACCACAUCAGGCUAAGAUUGCAGAGUGAUCCUGACGCAAUGGACAUCGAUACAACUGAUCCAUUGCUUCAAGCCAUCAUGUACUCGCUGCUGGUGUCCCAUCACAACUCCUCCAUCCCGUUCCCCCCUUGCGUCCAGGUCAUUUCCUCUCCCCGAUCGUUCCUCUCCUGGUGCGCGAGUAUCGAGACUUCGCGUUCCUUAGGGGCCACGAGCCAUGUUAAUCCUCCCCCAUCUUUGGCACCAACGGUCCCCUCACAACUCCAUCCCAUUCCCUCCUUACGUCUCCUCUCCCGAUCGUUCUUCUCUCGGUGCCGUGGGUAUCAGACUCUAGGGUAG